AUGGAAGAAAAUAUGAAUGAAGAGGACAUAUGGGACGAAAAGUCUUUGAAACAGCUUAAACGAAAGUUAAAAACUUCGUCUCAAGAACGCGGGAAAUUGUCAUCUACGGGAUCCAAGAAUGCCAGGAUGAUAAGCUCUAAACGUUCAGAAAAGAAUGUAAAAGAAGGUCAGUCUAAUCAAUCGCAAACAGACAAGAGGAAAUAUAGCGCAAGUUUGAAGAAAGAAAAAAAGAGGCAUAAGAGAUCAGACACUUCCAGUAAUCCAAAUGAGAAAAGUGUGGUUUCUAAAACCAUAAAUAAUCAAUUAAGCGCAGAUCAACGAGGCUCAGCUGUCUCGAGUCCUAGCGAUAAAAUAACGCCUGAGAAAGAGGUCAUGGAUGGAUUUUGCCCCAAAUGUCAGAUGCCUUUCUGUGCCUUAAUUGGGCAGUCUCCUGGAUGGCAUGUCAGGGAAUGUUUGGACACUAAAUAUUCAUAUGUAGGUAUGGUAUCUUUUUUUGUGGUUGUUGAAGGUACAGUAUACACAGUAAGUAUGUGUUCAGUUCGAAAUAGGCAUCGUGGUCCUUUGACAGGCUACCUCUACCAAUGUCCAUGUAAAGGCAAAGACAAACAUGAUAUCAACCUUUAUCUAACACACCCCACCCCCCCCCCCCUUCCUGGGCUGUCAUUAACAGCCAGGAGCAAGGGAUUUCCAUAAUAGUUUUACAAAAUAUUUAAUACUCAGUCAUCCAAGUGUUGUAUUAGCCCAGACAGGUGAGCUCAUAACUUAUAUUUUGUUUCAGGUGACUGUGCUGAAGGGAUUCAUUGUAACUCAGUGUUCUCUCCUCAUUAUAAGAGAUAUUCUCACCAGCUUUUAGCUGCUUCUAGAAGUUGUGCCAUCUUUGAGAAGAAAGUUGAAGAAAUAAGCAAUGAAAAAGAUGUUUUAGUAAGGAAUUAUUUUAUUCUCUUUAAUAAUUAUUGUUAUCCCUUUUGCUUUUUUCUUUUUGUUGCUAUCCCACCUCUUCAUCCUUUUCAUAUUAAGGCUGACCAUGAUCUGAUUUUAAAUUUCACAAAAUUGAUCUUUCUUUUAAUUUCAAAUGUCUUCUACAAAGCAACAUUCUUUUGUUUUUGAUUUAAGAUUUAAUUGACAGUUUUUUUUAAAAUCUUACUGUUCUUGCAUCAAAAGAUGAUGAGGAUUGUCAAACCAGGCAAAAGAUAUUUGGUUAAACCUUACAAACAAACUUUAUCAAAACUUCAAAAAAAAUCUGGAACAAGCAAAAACACACAUUUAAAAGUUAACUUUUAAGUUGAUGUCAUUUCACAUCAUAAGAUACUAAAAUUAAUUGAACUCACCAGUUAAUAAUCUGUGUAUUUGUUGAUACAUUUCUUGUAUUUGAAUUUUCUGUAUUAUGGGUAUUAAACAUUACGAAGGUUUUUUUUAAUCACAGGUCUUUAAUUUCACGAUUUUUUUACAGUUACGAAAAAUGUGAAAUGAAAGACCUGUGAAAAUAAGUACCAAUAAGUAACUUUUUAACACUUUUUAGCUGGUAAGGAAGCUCUGUCUAUAGUGAUAUCCAAUAUGUGUUCUUGCACUUGUUUUUAAAAGGUGGAAACAAAGACCCAUCCAUCUAGACAGCUAGACUUUUCAGGCCAAGAGUUUUCAGAACAAGGGACUAGAAUUAAAGAUGAAGAUUCUGCAGAAUUUACAACAAUAAGGGCUGUGGAUGAAGACAAUGAAGAAAGUACACCAUUACAAACGUAUAGUAGUAAUAAUGAAUUGAAUCUCUCUAGUUCUUCCACCGAGAAAAAAGCUCAUCAUCAAAAAACCAACAAUACUUUGCAAGGUGACAAUGUCCAGGGGAGUCUUAAUAGUGCGAAAAAGAAGCAGUUUGAUGUCAAGAAACCACUGAUUACUUCUGAAAGUGUGGAGACUGUAAAUGUUAAGAAUUGUUUGGAGAAUAUAGUAAGAGACACUGGUAUGACAGUGUCAUCCUUUAUCUCAACAGAAGAUUUUGACAUGUCAUCAGAUGAUGAUCUGUUUGGAGAUCCAGAGCUCCUUGAAAGUUUGUGUUCACAUACAGAGGAAAUGCAGCAUUCAACAAAAAAUCAAGCUGAUGGCAAUGAUUCAGGUGAAACACAGUGUGUAAAUUCAACACAAAUUAGUGAAAAGAAGGAGAUUCUUCCUGUAAAAUCAAGUACCACUCAGAGACAGCAGUCACUGUCAUCUUUUGUUAAAAAGUCAAACAAGAAAUCAGCAUCUUCACUUAAACAAACAGACAUUGGAGUGUUCUUUGGCUUGAAACCUGUAUCAAAACCUUUUGAGAAUAAAAUGACAGGUGCUAAGAAUGUCAUGGAUGCUUCAACUUCUUCAGUAACUCACAAACAUGGAAGAUGGAGAGGAAGAAAACAGAAUAAUUCAAACGAUCCUAAAAAUACUGGCUAUUCUUCUGAAGGUCAAAGUUCAGGUGCAGGUGAAGAUGUUCCUGCUGUAACAGCUAACUCUCAAUCACGUCGGAGUUGUCCAUUUUACAAGAGGAUUCCAGGUAGUGCCAUUACCGUAGAUGCAUUUCGCUAUGGUGACAUUCCUGGUUGUCGUGCUUAUUUCUUGAGCCAUUUCCAUUAUGAUCAUUAUGCUGGUCUAAAUGGCAAGUUUACAAACGCUGUUUACUGCAGUAAGGUAAGUGAAUCUACUUGUAAAUUACUAAAAUGGUCACAACUAAAAGGACUACAGGACUGGCGACUGAUGAAUUUAAUAUUGAUGAAAUGACUUAUGUUGGAACUUGUAGCUGUGUUGUUAGUUUACUGAUUAUAUCUAGAUUAAUGGGAGUUUCUUGGUGUUACAGAUGGCUGUGAUCACUAUAUGACUGAAUAGAAAGGAUUGAAAAGACACUAAACAAUACCUUAACCACAACACAAUGGUUAACCUACAAUAGGUUAUAGUUUCCACAACACCGCACCAAGAAACACCCAGAUUAACUGUCUCUUUGCUGAACAGGCUGUAUGCUGACCAAUCCCUUACAAGAUUAUAAGAAUCUGUAUCUUUGGGAGUAUCUAUUUUAGUUUUCUAAGUUCUAAGAGCUUAUUAACUGACAAAAUAAUAAUUAUUUUCUCAAAUAGACAUUUCUAUAUUUGAUAUAUUUAUUGAGCUGUUUUUAAGAAAAAAGAAUUAUUGUAAACUGUAAAUUGUGAUCUGCCGGUAGUGAAAGGCUAUGCCUUAUCCCUACAUUAUUGAUCAGCAAGGAAUGUAUCAGCGAUGAUACAGGUCAAUUCACUGCAGCCAUAAGUUAUUCUUUGAAAAGUACAGAACAAUUUAUUUGUUUUAGGUGUGAAUGGGUGAAAUAUCAGCCUGCUACUCUUCUUAUUUUCUAGAUCACAGCAAACCUUGUUAUAAAAAAGUUGUAUGUCAAGAAGCAGUUUGUUUAUCCACUUCCUAUGAAUACUCCAACUGUGAUCCAGAAUGUUGAAGUGACUCUUCUUGAAGCAAACCAGUAGGUUCCAUUCUUAACUGUAUACUUCUCUUCUGUAACUGUUUUUUUUUUUCUGAACCAGUAACUCAUGUUCUUACAACCAGGUGAUUGUGCCAGGCCUAAACUCCUACAUGUGUCAUGUAAAUCAGAUGAAAAAUAAACCAGACACAGCUAGGGUGCUAUAAUGAUUACUGGUAUUCUGGAAUUCCUCUUUUUGAAAGUUUCCUAAAAAAUAUCCUGAGGUGGACUUCAACUACCACAAAUGACCUUAGGCUAAUAAAGGCCUGGGGCAUCUAUUUAAUUUCAGGAGUCCAAGCAGGGGCGUUUAAUACUGAUAGGAGGUGUUAAAAAGCAAGAGGCAUUUAUUCUGAUGACCGUAACAAGCUCAACAAAACUAAUAUGCUUUUGGCAAAAAUAUCAAGAGAGUUUAAAAAUGGUGGAAUAUCCACUCCAAAAAUUGAUAUGUCUAGGCCAUCUAGAAAUCCAUGUGGCUCUUUCAACUCCCAACAACGAUGUCAGAAUCCUUGCACAGGGUUAUUGUGUUGCUAUCAUUAGUCUAUCCUUACUUUGAAAGUGACAUUGAACAAGAUCAGAUGAAAUACACAAACCCUGGUUAAUCAAACAAGAAACUACAUGAAUUGCUCCUUUUUGGUAAUUCCUAGUAUUUUGGAGUAAUUCUCAUAGUGGGUGUCUAUUAUGUACACAGGGGGCUUUUAUUAGAGAGAGGUGUCUAAUACUUAACAGCAUAGAGGGGGCAUUUAUCAGAUAAGAGGCCCUUUUUUGGAAGUGGUGUUUAUUAGGUCAUUUAUGGUAAAUCUAACUUCAGUAAAUAGUAUGAUUUUUAUUCAUAUAAUUGUGGAUGUUUUCUCUGGUGGAACAAUAGAUCAGAGCAUCCUGUUGUUAUGUAUGCAGUACAUGUCUAAUUUGAAACAUUGGAAACAUAGGUUUUUUUGACUCAGUACUGUUAGCUGUCCUUGCUCCAGUUGGCUAUUUCCUAUCCUCAUUAGAGGUUUGAAAAUAUUUUAGGUCCCAUGAAAGAAGUAAUGAGAAAAUACAAUAUGAAUAAAGGCUCUUUCAAUUAACAGCUUGUACUGCACAAUAUCAUGUUAUAGUUUAUAAAAUACUGUUUUUUUUUUCAGUUGUCCAGGAGCUGUUUUGUUUAUGUUCAAAUUUCCAAAUGGACACACAAUUCUACAUACAGGUGAGAUAUUCACUGACAGAGCCUUGUUUUACAACUUAACUCUAUUGCCAUUUCUAAGGUUAUUUAGCCACCGCCAAGAGAUUCAAAUGAAACUCUUAACUGCAAAUUCUUCAUCCUGGCAAAUUCACUUCCACAAGAAUCAUCAGCUUUUUGAUUUUCUAUGUAUUAUUUUAGUGCAGUGUAUGUACAUGUUGAUGAUGAAAAUUACAUGUAAGGUGAACAUGCAUGAUGUGACAUGCUGUGAUGGUAGUCAGGAAUUGAUGUUUAAAAAAAUGCUUAAUGACAGUUUAAUGAUUGCUGGACCUAACGUAAUUUAAAGGUGACUUUAGGGCAUCAACAGAAAUGGAGCACUAUCCUUCUCUGCAGAAGUGUAAAAUUGAUGUUUUGUAUCUGGACACUACGUAAGUUAUUCUAGUAGAAAUACAAUAAUAUGCAGUCACUUAUGUAGACUUUCUACUUUUUAUCGUGACCUUAAGGCUAUCUCUUUAGUUUGGCACAUGACAAUUCUUAAAGGACUAGCAAUUUUAUGUAUUCAAGCUCAAGGAUCUGCCUACAGCCUCAAGGGUAUUGUUAUAGCAAAAGUUAUCUUAUGAUAAAUUAUCCCAACACUUCUCUGUCCCUCCUAAGGCCGCUAUUCUGUACAGUCAUCUUAAAGUUCAUCCAUUGUCAGUAGAUCAAGUGCCCAGUUCCAUUUCAUCGUUGCAUUGUAACUGUCAAAGACUUUCAAUUUAGUACAUUCACAGAUCUUUUUGAAUGGUAAAAAUGGUCAAACAAAUGCCUGGGUAGAAGUUCUGUUGAAGAACUAAUCUGAAAUUCCCAGUUUUGGAAAAAUUCUAGGAGUCACAGGAUUGUAGGUAGACACUUAAAACCUUGAAACCUUUCAUAAAACGGUUACAGAUAUUUUUGGGAACAUUAUAAUCUGUGUUUGCUCAUGUAUAACAUUCUUUAGCAUUUUCUCAUUUACAUGUUACUGUGUUUGUUGAUCCAGAUACUGCAGUCCUCAAUAUUCCUUCCCACCCCAGGAACAAACUGUCAACUUUGCAGUGUCCACAGCUGUUCAAGCGUGUGAACAAAAUGCAAAGACUUUGAUUGUCUGUGGCUCAUACACGAUUGGAAAAGAACGAGUUUUCCUUGGUAAGUCUGUCCUAAAAAGAGUGGCUCACAACUUACAUCAGCCUGUGUUAGUAAGUGUACGACAGUUUUAGAAUUUCAAUUUUGCCAAAGUAAAAGUGCUUGCUCUUCAUUUGUUCAACUAUUUAAACAGCAAAAACUACAGAACUCUCUUGUGGAUAAUAUAAGUUCCCUAGUGUCUCUGAAUGCCUUUAAACUCUAUUUUAUUUAUGGAAUUUUUUUAUUUUCAAGAUUCAAAUAUAAGUAAGGGAUAUUUUAUUUAUGCAUGUCUCCAUGUUUGUUAGUUUUCUAAGUCAUUGUUUGGCAUUUAAAAAUGUUUGUUUUGAAGAUAUUAGCCAUAAGGUUACUCUGUUAAUUUGAGUUAACUUUUUAUGUUUUCUCUUCUUAUAUGCCGUACUGCAGCUUGUUUUCUUUACACUUCAGGAUAAACUCAGUUAUAAAGUACAGUAGAUAGAGGAAAGUAAACAAAAAAGGAUACUAUACUCUGUAGAUAUGAAUGGUUUUAAAAGUAGCUAUUCUCGGCUCAUCUCUGGUGUAAUAUUAUUUAUUACUCACAGCUGACGUAAAACAAAGAAAACAAAACACCCUUAACAAUGAAUCUAACCCUGACAAUAGUCCAUAAAAUGAAUAAGUUACAUCAUACCGGGCGGUGGGGAUGACUCCCAUUCUCUUUCCAGUUUUAGCCAAUGAAUUACCAUUAGAGUCAUAUCGGAUCUGAGUAUUUUAAGCAGUGCUGGUUGCUGGAAUCAUUGCAUGUUUUCGUUUUUAUUUACUAGCCAUUGCAGAGGCACUUGGUUGUAAAAUCAGUGUAGAAAAACAGAAGAAAAAAGUGCUGGAAUGUCUUGAGUCGGAACACAUCAACUCACUGAUCACUACAGAUUGGAGGGAAGGAAGGGUACAUGUACUGCCAAUGGCUAAACUUACAUUGCAGGUAAAAUAAUGUCUUGUGCAUUCAGUAAACCAUAAAUAGACUCUAAAUAUCAUUAUGUCUACAGUCUUCAUGUGUAUUUCACGCUAGCAAGUGUCUAUUGUCACCUUUAGGAAAGAUUAUUCUAAUGACACACACUCUUAAUUUAACUGUGUUUUUGUAUGUAGUACACCUCUAGUUUUGGGCGACAUACCUUCGGGCGAGAUGAUUUUGGGGCGAUUUGACCUUUUACCGCCACAAGGACCAGCCCAGGAGGGUCAACUACGGCGAAUGUGACGAGGAUAACGUAGUCAAGAUGGUUCUCAUUCUUGGUUAUGCGUGUUGGAAAAAUAAUAGUACCUGUCAAACAACAAAAAUAUGAAAUAGUUGCUCUUAAAACACUGCAAAACGCUAUAAGCAGGUUUCUAGCGAUUCCGCGGUAUAAGAUUGGACUAAUACAAGACGAAAUAGUAAAAUAUUAAUCCUCUUGUGUAGAGAGAUUUGGGUUGUUGGUAAUAAAUAAUAAUGGUGACAUGACUUGAACAAUAAUAAAACAGACGAAACAAGUGGGAUAAAUGUGUAAAACAUCUCGUGUUUUAAGCCUUGAUGAAACGAAACAAGCGCUAUAAAUGAGACGCUUUGAUGAGAAGAAACAAGCGCGAUAAAUGAGUACCAGUUCACAUUUUUAAUAUAAGCGUUGAUAAGACGAAACAGGCGCACCUCAAGAGAUAAAUGCGUAAUAGGGAAGCUAAAUGUUGUUGAGCAUAAUAAAAAUUCAGGCUACUUACUAAAAAUUUCGAGCAACAUAACUCUGGUUCUUGUUUCGGGUAAGAUGACUUUCGGACGACUUGAGCGUAAACCCUUGUGGCACUGCAAAGGGUCUUACAUUAUCGCUGCUGUAGUUUGUGUUUGUUCAAUGCUUGUCUCUCUAUAGAAUCUAGCAGCAUAUCUGGAAUCACACAGGACGCAAUUUACAGCUUUGUUAGCAUUUAAACCUACUGGAUGGGAACACAGUGCAAAAACAGACAACUUGUCCAUGAUAAAACCCGCAAAGAGAGGAAAUGUUACAAUUUAUGGUAUGUACUAUGCGUUUUCGUUUUAAAAGAAAACUAAUGACAAAAACGUUUCAACGACUUUAUGUACAUGUAAUUAUUGUCAAAUGUGAAGAAACUUAGCAUCGGUUGUGGAAACAUAUAUAGAGAGAAAGAGAAAAAAAAGUGUGAAAAAGUACAUCUAAAUUGAAACCUUAAUAAAAUUUUGAAGAAAUGCAGGGAAGCUUUAAUUUAUUUUUUUUGAAAUCCUAAUUAUCGGAAUCAAGAGACCGAAACACCCAAGCGGAUUCUUUCCACGCCAAUCGUUUUAUUGAAUUAUUAAUUUCUUUAAUUUUCUGGCGUCAGAAAAUUAAAGAUUAAAGAUUUACAUGUACUUUUCCGCACUUCCUUCUCUGUAUGUAUCCGCGAACAUUGUUAAUUUUCUUCAUUUUUUGACAAUGAUGACAUGAAGUCGUCAAAAUGUCAUGUUACAUUUUUAUCUUUUAUUUUCUUUUAACAUAUCUAUCGAAAUCAUUGCAAGAGAUUUAUAAUUACUGCUACAAGGCACAGACUUUAAGGGAAUACUGUCCCACCUUAGAGUUAGGAUUGUACUUAACCUCUGAAACAGGAACGCUGACUCCCCCAGUUUUUAAUUUUCUGACAUGAGGUGGUCAGAGUUUAGGCCUGGACGCCUCCUCUUACAUCUAAAAUGAUGAUGUAAUGAUUACAAGCAGAAAAGUAAGACAACAAUUUGAAUCUAUUUGGAACCUUGUAGGGGUGAAAAUGAACUUAAACCACGCCCAUAUAACUGGCAUCACGUCACUGGUAGUAUGUUUCUAGAGUGGUUCUUUAGUUCCCAAUAGGUAGACGAACAAAACGUUGACUCUUUUUCUUGUUCUUUUAGGUGUACCUUACAGUGAGCACAGCAGCUUUACAGAGCUUGAAAGAUUUGUCAAGUUUGUUAAACCAAAGAGGAUCAUUCCAACGGUUAAUAUUCAUUCUGCUGAAAGCAGGACACAAAUGCAAACAAUCUUUAAUAAUUGGCUGUCACAUACAGUAAAUUGAUUCAUGUAGCCGACCAUAUAAAAAUUAUGCUAAGGGCUUCCUGAUUUCUUUGCUUAGACCAAUGUAUAUAGAAUGCGGACAGCCUAGAGCUGAUUCCUAACGGAC